AUGCCUGCGGAAAAGUGCGUAUCGGCAACGCCGCUUAAUAAGAGCUUCUUGGCGAGGCCACCUAUUAAAAAAGAAACAGUGACGGAGGAUGAUGUAAUGCAAAUUGUGGAAAGAGUCGAAGCUUUAAAGGAGGUUAAAUUUGAGUUCGAAGAUAUACAGGGUAAUAUUGAAAAAUUAACGGAAGCUGCGGAUUUAAAUAAUCAAUUAGAAUUACGGCAUAAAUUCGAGGAUGAAUAUUUUAAACAAAUAACGUUAGCAAAACGAUUUUUGCGUGAACACGAAAUUAAAUCGAGUCCGAGUGAUUCAACAAGUAGUUCGGAAAAUAGUCCCGAAAUUCAAACAAAUGAGCAUUUACAAUCAUUAAAUAAUGUUAGGUUACCAACAAUAAAUCUUCCAAAAUACAGUGGCGUGUAUCAGAACUGGCUAGAAUUCAGAGACACUUUCUAUUCGUUAAUUCAUGAAAAUAUAUCAGUCAGUAAUAUUCAAAAGUUUCACUAUCUCAGAGCAUCACUAGAAGGAGAGGCGGCUCUCGUCAUAAAAUCACUAGAGAUAUCAACGGCAAACUAUGAGGUAGCGUGGAAUGCAUUAUUAGAUCGGUAUGAUAAUAACAAGUUGCUAAUUCACAAUCAUGUCAAAUCAUUAUUUAGCGGUGAAUCGGUAAUGAAGGAAUCUGCUAGCGGGCUGAGAAAACUUAUAGAUGAUUUUUCUAAAAAUUUGCGGGCACUGAGUCAAUUGAAUCAACCAGUAUCGGAGUGGGAUAGAUUACUUGUUUUUUUGAUUUCUACAAAAUUGAAUAAUAGCACUUUGCGCGAGUGGGAAAAUGUUAAAUCAGAUAUAGAAAACCCUACUUUUAAAGAUAUAAAGGAUUUUUUAAAGUCAAGAGCCGAUAUGCUAGAAAUGAUAGCACAGAAUCAAACAGACAAGCGUAGAAUUUCCAGCUCCAAUACUAGGUCAUUUUUAGUAACAGAUAAUCAAAUUCGUACUCCAGUUUGUGUUUUAUGCGAAGGGAAUCAUUAUAUUCAUAAUUGUCAGCAGUUCCUUAAGCUUUCGAUAGAAGAACGCGAAGGUAAAGCAAAAGCAUUGAAAUUAUGCACUAACUGUCUGAAAAAGGGUCAUUAUAGUAAGGUAUGCCGACGUGGCACAUGUAUUAAAUGUCAUGGGAAACACAAUACAUUAUUGCACAGGGAACGUAGAGCAUGGUCGGCAUCAGAGCAAUCUAAUGAAGUAACGGAAAAACGCAAAAUCCGACAACAGAUCAGCAACAACAAAAUUCUGUAG